GCAGCAGGAGCCCCCCCCCCCCCCUCGUCCCCCGUCCUGUCCCCCGUCCCCCGUCCUGUCCCCCGCCUCGUCCCCCCCACCCUAAUCCUGCCCCGGGGCCGCGCGGGGCCGCGGGCCACGCUCCGCGCGCAGCCCUCCUCUUUAUCCGCGCGGAGGAGUCGCGGACGCGCUGCUUUCUCCUGCUGCUCCGCGGACGCGUCGAGGCGCCGGACCGAGCCGAGCAGGCCGCCGUCCAUGUCGUCCGUGUCGGUGUCCUCUCAGGAGGGGCGGAGCCUGUCCAGGAUGUCUCUGAGCCGCUCGCCCGUGUCCCCGCCCGGCGCUCCGGGGAUCCCGUCCCCCGCUCAGCUCACCAAGGCCAACGCUCCGGUCCACAUCGACGUGGGGGGGCACAUGUACACCAGCAGCCUGGCCACGCUCACCAAGUUCCCUGAGUCCAGGAUCGGGCGGCUGUUCAGCGGCGCUGAGCCCAUCGUGCUGGACAGCCUGAAGCAGCACUACUUCAUCGACAGGGACGGAGACGUCUUCCGCUACGUCCUCAGCUUCCUGCGGACCUGCAAGCUGCUGCUGCCCGAAGACUUCCAGGACUUCCCGCAGCUGUACGAGGAGGCGCGGUUCUACCAGCUGGGCCCGAUGGUGCGGGAGCUGGAGCGCUGGCAGGCGGAGCGCCAGCGGCGGCGGGCGCCGCCCUGCGAGUGCCUGGUGGUGCGCGUCACGCCCGACCUGGGCGAGCGCAUCGCGCUGAGCGGCGAGAAGGUCCUGAUCGAGGAGGUGUUCCCCGAGACGGGCGACGUCAUGUGCGGCGCCGCCACCGCCGGCUGGAACCUGGACCCCACCCACGUCAUCCGCUUCCCGCUCAACGGCUACUGCCGCCUCAACUCGGUGCAGGUCCUGGAGCGGCUCUUCCAGAAGGGCUUCGGCGUGCGGGCGUCCUGCGGCGGCGGCGUCGACGCCUCGCAGUUCAGCGAGUUCGUCCUGAGCCGAGAGCUGAGACACGUCCAGACCGGGACCGGGACCGGGACCGGCGUCCGGAUCAAACAGGAGCCGCUGGACUGAGGGAGACCUGGAGCCCCCCACUGCCCCCGCCCCCCCCCGACGCCACGCCCCCCGACGCCACGCCGCUGAGUUCUGCU